CAAGAUUUCCAAAAGGGGGCGUGUCUCAGGAGGAAUAUCCGUCAAGCCCAAACACUGCAAAACUAGCUCAGUAGAUUUCGAAACAAACAAACAAACAUACAAACAGACAAACAAAAACCAAAGAGUGUAGAACUGGAUGUAUCGUUGCUUCAAGAUUCUCUGAUGGAUUCAUGCUAAUGUGAAGAAGAAAAGCAUCAUGGCCGCCGCACUGGAUGAGGAGCAGUCGGAGAAGCACUGCUGGGUGUGUUUUGCCUCAGAGAGCGACGAUCACAGCGCCCAGUGGCUGAGUCCGUGCCGGUGUAAAGGCUGCACCAAAUGGAUCCAUCAGUCGUGUCUCCAGCGCUGGCUGGACGAGAGGCAGAAAGGAAGCGGGCCCGAUGGUGAUAGGAGCGGCGUGGGCGUCAGCUGCCCUCAAUGCGGCACGCACUACCACAUUGUCUUUCCUAAAAUGGGUCCGCUGGUGUACUUUCUGCAGCAGGUGGACCGCGUGCUAUCUCGGGCCAGUCCGCUGGCCGCCUUUGGGGUGCUGGUGGGCACAGCAUACUGGUCUGCCGUCACCUACGGCGCCGUGGCCGUCAUGCAGGUGGUCGGACACAAGAAGGGUCUAAAUAUGAUGGAACGUGCCAACCCUCUUUUCCUGCUCAUGGGUCUCCCUGCCAUCCCUGUCAUCCUGGUCCUGGGGAAGAUGGUCCACUGGGAAGAUUUCCUGGUGCGCCUGUGGUUCCGAUAUUCCUACCAGCGACAAUACGCUGUAAGAGGCUACCUCCCUCCCCUGCCGGCGGAGGGAAACCACGUGUCAAUGUCGCGGAUCCUCUGCGGCGCUCUGGUCCUCCCGUGGAUCUCCAGCCUGCUGGGACGUCUUCUUUUCCGACGUGUGUCCUCCAACCUGCAGCAGAGCCUCCUGGGGGGUGCCACCUUUGUGCUGCUGAAGGGGUCGCUGAAGGUCUACGUCAAACAUCAGCGGCACGUCACGCAGACCAAGCGAGACAUCCUCAACUACCCGGACACCCGCGACACCGCCACCAGUCCGUGACAAGACCGCCGACUGAAAUGAGAAAAUUCCUCCCAAGUCGUGUUGCGUAAAACAGUUUCAACAGACUGAAAAGUGUAUUACACAAUCCGACUCAAGGCAAUAACAAGCCUCUCGGUCCACUCGGCAACACUCGGACAAGUUGCAGCAAAAUUGGCAGUGUUGUUAUGCAGCAUUUUAAUUUGACUUUUGACAGAAUAUUUUGCCACAUUGUUAUUGAGCAGACGAGUCGGCCUAUUGUCAGAAUUCCGAAAACAGGAACAACAUUUGAUUGGACUAACUUGUCUCAAACCAAAUCAUAGGAAAAGUUUGGCAUACAAAUUCCACUGUAUGGAUUUACUCACCCAACGUCGGGUGUGGAAUUUUUAGAGUGACCCAAAUUGCAUAUUUGUAGGUGAACUUAAUUCCAUGAACAUACAUUUCACAAUGGAUGUACACCAGGUUAAAUGUACAUUUGUUUAAAGUAAGGUUUGAGUUUUUUUUUAAUGAAAUAAGGCAUGAAGUCAAAAUAAUGUGAAAGAUUUAGUUUCUGUUCUUUGAUGUUGAAAGUAGAUGUAAUAAGACUGGAUUUUUUUUUUAGAUUUCGUGCCUUCUACUCGGAAUUGUGCAUUUCUCCAAAGUUCUGAGUUGGAUUUAUUCAAUAAAACCACCGAUGAACCUGUCAAUGGAAUUUUUCCAAUAUUCCUUUCAUUAAAUUGGUUUGUUCUUUU